UUUGCUUGAAACAUUUGGUUUUGUGUGUCUCUUGUGCUCAUUGUAAAUGAUUAAUAUAUGCACUAAAAUCUCGAUUGACCAUAGCCGACUUUGUUUUAAGGUAGACCAAUAUGCAGUGGAAUUCUAAUACAACUUUAAGGAGUCACAAAAUAAGAAUGGGUGGCAUGCAACGAAAGCAGAUAGUGGCUUAUUGUGCUCUCACGGCUGGCUUUGGUCUGUUGAGUAAUGCGUACAAUUUCUAUUAUGUGAAAGUCUUCCUGAACUUUUACCACAUACAGGAAUCAUGGUUCCAAUUCUCACAGGUUCUGUUUUUAGUAUGGAAUGCUAUUAAUGAUCCUUUGUUUGCUUACUGUGCUGACAACAAAAACUUCAAACUUCUUAAAACUCGCCGCAGCAUGAUUCUGUACUCGGCUCCAUUUUUCUCUCUGUCCUUUUUGAUACCAUGGUUUCAGUGGAGUACUCAUCCAGUUAUUGUAGGUCUUCACUUAGUCAUUGCCCUGUGUUUAUGGGACACGCUCUUUACAUUUAUUGGUUUGGCAGCAUGUUGUCUUUUCACUGAAAUCUCUCAAGAUAUUGACACGAGAAUUACCUUGACCCGAGCUUCACAAUUAGCCUCACUGUUCAGCUCGUGUAGCAUAAUGGUAUUGGAACAUGCUUCUCAUGGUCUGCAAGAUUUCAGGGCAUUCCAAGUAACUACUAUAUUUAUAGCAAUAUUCAGCUGGUAUCUGAUGUAUUACUGUGGGAAACACUGCCAUACACAGUAUGACCUUAAUCAGAUGGAAGACGGAAACAAGUCUGCUGAUGAAGUUUGUCAUCAGAAAACUGGACAAGAGUCAUACUGGCAACAGACAUGGCAGAUAGUCAGGGACAUCAACUUCAUUUCCUUUGUGAUCACCAACUUUUUUCAGGAAUUUCACCGAACCUUUCUGUUCAACUUUCUGGCCAUUAUUUGUGAUCAACUGAUUUCUUCGGAUGAAAUCAGUCAGAGUGCUCGAAGUACUUUCUAUGGUAGCAUUCCAUUUGCUUCAAAGAUUCUUGUGAUAUCAAUAGCACCUGUGUUAUGGCAUUUCUCUUACAAGACGGUCAUUCGAGCCAACUUUAUUUGGAAGAUCUUAGGCGGUCUUGUGAUGUACUACGUCAUAGGAAACGGUCAUCCCUGGAUUCUGAUAGGCUUCAUCUUGCUGGAUGAAUGUUUUGCUAACGGUACAUUUUCAUUGUUUAACCUUCCCUUAUCGGACAUUGCUGAUAUCAACAUGCAAAAGUACAAGAGAAAACAUCCGAUAUCCUCAAUGGUGUUUGGAACUAAUGCUUUAUUUGUGAAGCCUGCCAUUUCCCUGUCUCCCAUGCUAGCAGUGGCCGUUCUAAACAGAUAUGGAUACAGCCAAAUUAAAAAAUCUACAGGAAGCACAACAAGCUUGACAGAAAACCCUCUGUCUCCCACACAACUAGAAGAUCUGAAAGGGGUCAUGUUCUCUUUGGUGUGCUGGUACCCUAUCGUACUUGGAACUAUUCAGUUGAUAAGCUGGUCAUUUUACAGAAUUGAUAAUAAGAUAGAGAAGAACAUUGAGAUGUCCAUGGUUUUGUAGGGGGAGUCAAUUUAGUCAUAGGUGGUGCAUUGCAAACAAGAUUAAAGAAGGGGUUAAAUGUCGUUGGAGUAGACGAGAGAAACGAUAUGGUCAGAUCCUGCAAGAGACUCCUGUAUUAAUUUAAUUAAAAUCUUAAUUUCUCGAUUAACAGAAAUGUUUGAAAUCUAUAUUAACCUUUUUUGGUUUUCUUUUUCAUGAGCCUUCUAAUCGGUGUUAAAUAGUAAACUAAACUGACUGCAUUGGCUCUAGAUAGAAUAUCAUGCAAUAUUUGAAUUGACAUAGAAAGACAUUCAGUGCCUGCAUUGACUCGUGCAAGAGGUCGUCUCAUGUCUGCAUUGACCUGACAUAUACAUGUAAGGUCAUUCGAUCCCUGCAUAGGCUGUACAAAUGCUUGUAUUGACUCUGAAAAAGGUCAUCUACUACCUACAUUGUCCAUACAUAUAAGCUCAUUCAGGGCAUGCAAUGGCUUUAAUAGGUAAUUGCAUAUGACUCUUGAGAGAAUCGUCUCAUGUCUGCAUCACUCUACAUAUAUCGGGAUCAGGCAGUGUCGUCACCGGCUAUUAAAAGAGUGUUUUGUUGCAUACAUUGGCUCUUGGAAAAAGUGGUCCAAUGCCUGUAUUGGCCUUGGGGGAGAAGUACAAUACUUGUAUUGGCCGUUGAGAUUCAUUCAAUGUCUGUAUUGGCCCCAGAAAGAGUCGACCAAUGCCUGCAUUGGCUCUUAAAAGAGUGAUACAAUGCCUGCAUUGGCUCUUAAAGUCACCCAAUGCCUGCAUCGGCUCUUGACAGAGUCGUCCAAUGCCUGCAUUGGCUCUUGAGGGAGUGGUCAAAUGCCUGUAUUGGCUCGUGUGAGAGUGGUCCAAUGCGUGCAUUGGCUUUUGAAAGAGUUUUCAUACGUGCCUGCAUUUACUCAUGAAGAGUAUUUCGUUGCCUGCAUCCCAAGAGAGUAGUUCAAUGCCAACAUUGACCCUGGAAAGGUAGGAUAAAUGCCUGCAUUUGCCGUUGAGUGGUCCAAUACCUGCAUUAACCAUCGAGAGUCGCCCAAUACCUGUAAUGGCUUUUGAGAGAGUUGUACAAUGCUAGAGUCACACAGUGCUGGUAUUUGCUUUACGGAUAGUGUGAAAUUCCUGCAUUGACUUUGAAAUGAAAACAUUCUCCUCCAUUGUGAUUCUUGUGACUUCGACAUUAGAGUUUGAACUACUUUGAAGAAAACAUAACCUGUUAAAUAUUUAUCUCUUGGUUGCUUAAGGAAGGGUUAUUUUUUUAACGUCCCGCUCGAGAAUUUCUCACUGAUAUGAAGACGUCAGGGCUGCAAAAUGUAGGCCUAUGCUCGACGCUUACGGCCUUUGACUGCAGGGAGCGAUCUUUAUCGUGCCACACCUGCUGUGACUCGGGGCCUCGGUUGGUUGGUUGUCUUAUGUCCCACUCGAGAAUUUUUCACUCACAUGAAGAUGUCGGAGGCUUCGGUUUUUGCGGUCUCGUCCCAAGGACCGCCCCAUUUAGUCGCCUCGUACGACAAGCAAGGGUAUUAGGGACUUAUUCUAACCCGGAUCCCCACGGGCCUAUAAGGUAGGGCUUUCAUAUUUUGUACAUACAAAAUGUACAUUCUUUAUGGCAAGGCCUUGUGAUACCAUGGUGUUUGAUCUUGUGAAAUUGACCUUGGAGUUUGACAUACUUUUAAAAAUCGUGAUCUGUUCAAUAUCUCCUGAACUAUUUAAGGUAGAGCUUUCAUAUUUUGUAUAUAUAUUUCUCAUGGCAAGACUUUUCAUUUUAUACCAUGAUAUAUGACAUUGUGGCCAUGAACUUCUCCAGAACAGCAAGUUGAAGAAAUUCCUGUUACUGAUUAAGAUUCGGAUGAUUCGGACUUUGAGGA